UGUUGUCUCGAGUGACUGUGAUGUAACGUACCUAGCGGUUCUUCGUUUUGGUAUCUCUUUUAUAAAUUUUCAUCUAUGCGUGUCGUGGUGUAACAUUGUGGAGUUCGCCAAUGGAGUACAUUUACCGUGUACCGAGCAGUAAGCACCGAGGCGAAUUUGUUGCGUCGACGUGGCCGCAGGGGGGCGCUCGCGACGACGGCACCAACAUACCGUGAACAAACAUUGACCAAGCACGCACUGCGCUCCUACCGACGACUUGCCGCAACAUUCUUAGCGUAAAAGUUAACGUGGAUGGUUUACUCUAUGUAAUUUGCGAUGUUUAAGUUGAUUCUCCUUAAUUUAUCCUUCGAUAAACAUUUUGCGAACGACUUGUUAUAGUUUCGAACUACGACUGUGCUGUAUACGAUGUGUUUUACUGACGUUCCGAUGAUGAUGUUUUCACUGUACUCCAAUAUUGAGAAUAUUGUGCAAGGUGCAAUUGUCCGGUAUGUUAUUGUGAAUUAUUGAAGAAAAUGAAUAGAAACUACAGCAGAAGGGUUGGAGAGUUCCACGAUGACCAUUGCUGCGUGGCAAAUGUCAGUAGUAAUUUCCGACGCAGCUCUUCACUGCGCCUGCGCGGCGAAAAGAUGGUGCAGCGGUCACCGCUUUCUACAAGGAAAUUAAUCCCAAUAAUCACGGAAAACACUCACCAAAAACAACGCAGCGAUGGCUCUCGUCUCCCGGAGCCGAGCCAUCGCCAGCGAAGCCAUUCAUUUAAUUCAAAUGCUCAACAAAAACCAAAAAAGACCUGUCUCAAAACACAUGAUGUGUUUGUGGACAGAAAAUUAAGCAUGACAGAUUCUGCUCACACGCCACCUGGAUCACCUGAAGAUUUGCCUGAUGAUGAAUCUCUACACAGCUAUGGAAGUGCAGCCACAGCAGCAUCAGUUGAUGCAGGCUAUGCUCCAUUCAACGGGACAACAUUCAGUGGCCGGUCCAUGCGUUAUGUUCUGCACUGCUCUUCCCAUGCAGGACUUGCAGGUGAAGAAUAUCUCACACCCACACAGCGGGCACAAAAACAAAUCAGACGGCUCAAGAACUUGCUCAGUCAAGCUAAGAAAGAUCUGGAAAAGAAGGACAGUGAAAUAUUCCACCUCACAAAAGAAGUUGUAGAACUUCGCCUGUACAAAGCAUCAAUAUGUUCACCAGAUGAAAAGUCCAACUCCAGUGAAAUAGUAACAAUUAGAGAAAAUGCUGAGGAGGGUUCAAGAGCUCAAGGCAGCUCUAAAUGUGAAGAGGCUUGUAGAGUUUAUGAUGUCACUGACAGUCCACUGUUCAAAGAUCAAACACCAACCAGAUGUCGUAAUGAAAUGCAAGGCUCCUUCACUGAUUCAGGACAUUUUGACGAUCUCACAAAUUCAUCAUUACAUUCAAAGGAAUCUGUUCAUAUGUUAACACAUGAGGCAUCAUGCAUGACUGAACAAAGUGAUGCUGAUGAAGAACGCCGUAACCUGAUAGCAUAUUAUGAAAAGAAAAUAGAGGAUCUCAUUAGAUCUCACAUUGGUGAAACCCAAGAAAUGAAAAAGAUCCACAAUGACAAAGUUGAAGCAUUGUUGCAAAAGUUGGCAGAUGUAAACACAAGAUAUUGUGAAUUACUGCCUAACUAUGAGCAAGCCAAGGAAAGAAUUCAUUCAUUGGAGAAACAGUUGGAAGAGGCAAGCAAGCAAUUGCAGGAGGAAGAAAGCAAACACAGGUCUAUGUACUUGCAGAUGUACAACAAAGGUGUUGAAGCUGCUAGAUUUGAUUUGGACAAGGAUAAUGAGGCUGGAACUUCACAAGGACAAGUCAGCCGGGUGUCUGUGGAGGAAUUACUGGAGCAGUUGCAGAUUACACAGACAGAGCUCGAGAAAGUCCGAGACACGGCAUUCACAGAGGACCGAACGGCAAAGUCACAAGUACUGCUAAGUGCAAAGGAGGCUGUUUCUUUAUGGGUCCUAGGAGCUCGAAAGGCGAUGUAUCGUCGCAUUGUCGAGUCGCAGAAGGGUAACAAGACCAACAUCGAUCCGGAGGUGACGUUACAAUUUUUAAAAUCGGCCAUCUAUUACUUCCUCACUGAUCCCGAAAAUCAUCAGGGACACCUCAACGCUAUUGAAAAUAUUCUUGGGUUCACUGACACCGAGAAGAAAAAUAUACGCAAAGCGAGGUCAACGUAGGAAAGACUGCUGUGAAUGUGUGAUACAACCUAGAGUACCUAGACUAAUGUUCUGUUACUUAAUUAGAUUUUAAUUUUUGUUACAAACACAGCUCUUAGAUUAAAAUUACUUAUGUGGUACGCACUAGGUAAGCAUAAGUCGCCUCGUCGAAUAGCAUAAUUAUGCACAUAAUAAAAUUAGCUACGGUGAUUCUUCAGUUACUAUUUAGAAUAGGUUUUUAAUCGAAUUUAUUUUCUAGACACUGAAUUGUGAUUUUUUAUAUAGUUUUAAGCGCCAAAGAAUCGAGUUUCCUUUUGAAUCGUGCAAUUUUGACUUUAGACUUUAAGUACAGAUUAUUUUCUACAUUCCUUUUAAAGUUUUAAGUGUUAAAUAAUUUUGUUUCUUGGUGUUGCUUUCCUAUAUUUAUAAUAUUUUCUUUUUUGUUAUUUGCAUGCUGGUUAGUGUUUAACUUAUUUAAAUGAUAUGCACAUAGUGUUUCUUAGGUUAACUACUGUAUUGAUAGAGAUAUAGGGCUGGAAUAAUUUUUAAGAUAAGUUUUAAUGUUGGCUCUCAUUUCGUCGUCACAUGUGGACACUCAUAAUCUUAUAGUAUUAUGUUCCAUCAUUUAUUAUACCCAUUAAACAUUUAUUUUUAAAAUUAUCUUGUAAAACAUCUACAAUGUUGCCUACAAUAAACCGUUAUUUCCUUAUUAUUCUUGCCACUUUGAAAAAUUGCAUCUGUGAUUAUUAGUACCUUAUUAGUGGUGACAUUGUUUACAAAAACAAUGACAUUUUCAAUAAUUCAUUCUAUAAUAUAAGUGAGCCCACGUAGUAGAUGUUUGUAUAUGAAUGAACAUAAACUUUGAAAAUGUUUGUAUCGUAAGAGCUGCUAUAAUUAGUCUAUUAUAGCAGUAACAUUUUGCGAAUGACAUUAAUAAUCUUUCUCGAUUUGAUAAAUGUAAAGCAACGUACAAAACUUAUACUUGGAACCAGAGCGUCGUUAAUUUAGAUACUAUGCUCUUCAUCUUGCUUUACAUAGUGUCUAAUUGAGAAAGGUUAUAGAAAACAUUUUAUUACAGAAUGAAUUAAUUUUGCAUAAUAUUAGUUAAACAAUUAAAUGCAAUUUUUUUAUUUGCAACUUAUCUUGCCUUCCUAUUGAUUAGGAAUAGAUAUUAAAAUUAUAAGGAGGCUAUGUUAAUAGCAUUAUUAACGUCCAAUAGUUAUAAAAAUCUUGUACCUAAAUUAUUAUGCUGAUAGGUAUUUUAGAUUUUAUCUAUUAUAUUUUUUAUUUUACAGAUUGUAAGUUCACUACAACCGUUAAACAUGACAUGAUAUAGGGGAUAGCAAUAGAUAUAUUUUCUGUGACAUAAUUUGCUUGCCUUGCUUUUGUUAUGAUUACAAGAUAUAUCCAUAUG